AUGUAUAGAAUCGGAACACACUCUCUAUACCAUUAAGUGGCGAAGUGAAGCUCCAGCUCCAGUCCCAGUUCUACGGCAACAGCAGGUUGUUUUUCGCUAUAGAUAGAGGUACUACUCCACUCCUCCGUGCGGCGGGCUGCAGAAUCUCGCUUCAAACUAAAAAUUUUCGUAUAUUUCGUUCGUUCGUUUCGUUUGCGGAUGAGAGACAAAAUCGCUUUUAUGUUUUGUACGCGCGCGAUAUAAUUUUUUGCUCGUUUGUAGUGACGAUACGCUCAACGGCGGCGGCCGUCUCCAAAAAGGAGAUUAACUAAGAUAACCGCUUGAAGAACAAAAGCAAAGGCACUACAAAAAAAAAUCACAAAAAAAUCAUCGCUUCUAAAAAGCGGUCAUUCUUUUUUCAAGUCCCGCUUAAAGAACAAAAAAAUCAGUUUAAAUUCAGUGAAGCCUGCUUCAGAAGGAGUUUAAGCAAAUUGUAACACUUAAAGACGGUGAUAAAGUUGUACCUAUAAGACCGCUUUAAGGCUUCUUUUGUGAUCUAUUAUCCUAUAAUUUGUUGCCAUACACUUUUUUUUGUUUUCUUGUAUCCUUGUUGCAAGGAUCUCAUUUUGAGUGUGUCGAUUUAAUUUGUUGGUGCCGGUAAAUGUUGUUUUUCGAAAAAACUAAACUAAAUUGUUAAGUUUUGAGUGGAUUAUUUUUUUUGAUUUAAACAAAACGAAAACGAAAUCUCAAAUCGCAUCGAUGUUAGAACGUGCGAGUGAAAGUUAUUAAGAUAUGCGGCUUCUUAUGGUUAUUGCAAUUUUAAUAUUUGCAAUGCCACUGACAGGCUUUGGAUGGGCCGAGGGUUCCAACAUACUACUUGAUCCAAAUUUAAUGUGCAAGAAGACACGACGUGUCCGCGGUAAAUUGGCAGAAAUAUGUCGGCAUGAUUCUGUACUGCUGAAAGAGAUCAUCAAUGGCAUUAAUCUGGGCUUCCGAGAAUGUGAAUUUCAAUUCAAGAAUCGGCGAUGGAACUGCACAUCACUCCGCAAAAGCAUGAGAAAAAUUUUAAUGAAAGAUACUAGAGAGACAGGCUUUAUGAAUGCCGUAACAUCAGCCGGUGUGACAUUUGCCAUGACAAAAGCUUGCACAAUGGGUCACCUGGUGCAAUGUUCCUGUGAGAAAUCUCAUCCCCGCAAGAAUCUUCUUUGGUCGAUGGGUGGCAGUACAUUCGAAACAGAGAACCAAGAUCCAUCGCAAAAGAAGAACCAUCCUCUCGUGGCGAAACAAAAGAGAAGAAUAUUCAAGAAUAUUCCUCUUCCUGAUGGCGACUGGGAAUGGGGUGGAUGUGGUGACAAUGUAAACUUUGGCCUUGGUCAAGCCAGAGCCUUCCUCGAUGCCAAGUACCGGAAACGUAGUGACUUGGGGAAUCUAGUUAAACUUCAUAACAAUAAUGCGGGACGAUUGGCAAUCCGCGAUUUUAUGCGACUAGAGUGCAAAUGCCACGGUCUAUCAGGCUCAUGUACGGUCAAGACUUGUUGGCUUAAGAUGCCAACAUUGAGAGAAGUGGGAGCACGUCUCAAAGAGAGAUUCGAUGGUGCUUUUAAGGUUGUUGCAAGAAAUGAUGGCAAUAGCUUUAUGCCCGAAAGCGAAACCAUAAAAAUGCCUAGCAAAUACGACAUUGUAUACGCCGAUGAGUCGCCAGACUUUUGUGAGGUCAACACAAAAACAGGCUCGAUUGGUACUCAUGGUAGGGAGUGUAAUGCUACAUCGCAAGGCGUUGACGGAUGUGAUUUGCUGUGCUGCAGUCGGGGAUAUGACCACCGAAUAGUUAAGGAAAAUGUCAAUUGUAAAUGCGUUUUUAAGUGGUGUUGCGAGGUGACUUGCAGUAUAUGUCAGCAGCGUAGAGAUGUGAGCACAUGCAGAUAGAGAUGACACUUAAGUUUUUUUUUUUUUCAGAAAAAUAUUAAAAAAAAAAAACAAAAUGUAUUGUAAUAGCUUAUUUAUUUUUUAGUUCUUUUUUGUGAUAAAUUAUAAAAUAUGAGUUACUUAAUUAAUAUUACAAAUAAAAAAUAAUAAUUGUUAUGUAUAAAUUGUUUGGCAAACUAUUUACCGCAC